GGUGCAAAUUCAAACCCCCCACGGGUUGCAAAACAAAUCUCACAUUUAUUGCGGUAUUGUGAUUUGAAGGAAAGUGCAAUCAUCACCUUGAAUAUAAAGAUUAGGUGCUCAAUUCGGUCCGCAUUGCAGUGUUUACACAUUAGCUCUUUUUCCAAUGGUCAAAUGAACUCACAGAUUGGUCUUGAGUUCUGUAUAAAAACCUACAACUGCUACCAGGGCGACUCCUCUCACAGGUAUGCUUUCACUUUUCAGAAUUAGAAGUGUGUGGGCACAGAAUGAAUUUUGUAAAUAAAGGAGAGAAAAUAAUAACACGUAUCCCAUGUGGGACUAGAAUUCACAACCAUUGGACUAUGAGCCAACUGUUUUAGAGGACUGCACCACCAAUCAGUCAUAAAUGGUGGAAAAAAUACACGAGUUCAAAUCACCAUAAUUGUCAUCGAUUGUUGCGAUGGAUUAAGCUACGAAUGCGUAAUCCUCAUAGCCAACGUGUUUUUUCUUCGUAAAACCAUAGAGGUGUAUGAAACACUAAGCAAAAACAUUGAAUUUGGUCAUAUGAGUAAAUGUGCCUUAACGGCCUUUAAUGUGUAAUGUCAGUAGUCUAGUCAAGGAAGCAUCAUGCGAAAUAUAGUAUAUUAGCACGUUCCUUUACCAAGACCAUGGCCAAGUAAGGCGCACUGUCACCUGCUUUCAGUGGUUGACUUGGCCUGAAAUAGGUGCUGGUACUCAUUUUGGUUGCGGUACUGUUUACAUUUAGGUGCAGUAGAAAAGCCACAGCAGUAGAAAAUGUACGGUGCUGCUACUCAGCUCUGGUGAGCUCCUGGCAAAGUCAAGCACUGCCUGAUUUUAUAGUAAACCUUAAUGUGGUACCCUGCAGCUCACAGAUACCCUGCAGAUAUAGAAGGGUAUGUAUUUCAUACCGAACCCCUCCCUUGAGAUGACCAGUACGUCACGAUUUCAAUUGUAGAGUUGAACCACUAGGGGCAAAAACAGCUAGAUUUACUACUAAAAGACCAAAAUAUAUCACUUUUGCAACGAACUGUCAAAAUGAAGACCAUAAUUGACCUGUUUCACUAUAUCUAAGCAAUAAAUAUCUGUUUUUUGAUUAUAAAAAAAAAAUCACAUUUGAAGAAGAUACAUUUUGAAAUGGGCGGGGUUUAUGACUUUGUGGCUGUGGUAACGAGUGACGACCGAUGAGAGCCCGCGUUCUUCCGUGUUUUUGUUAAGAUUAGAUGUUUGGGCCCGCCUCCUCCCAGUUUACAUCUUCUGCAGGCUAAAGACUAUUUUCAGAUAAAGUACGCCAAAUAUUGUCGUUUUUUGCGUUGGUCGCUUUGUUACAAUUUGAAAAGCUCGCUAGUUAGUGAAUGUAGCCAACUGGGCCAUUUUCAUUCAUUCAGCGAAUGAUACAAACGUAAAAUGAGGGCUGUACUGAACGAGCGUGAGCCAGCUCCUCUGGUCUAUAUUUCAGGCACGAGCAUGGGGACACUGCAAGAUGAUAUGCCGGCAAAGAUGGACUUCCCAGGUCACUUCGAGAACAUCUUCCAGCAGCUGAAUCACCAGCGUGUCAGUGGUCAGCUCUGUGACUGUGUGAUCGUAGUGGGGGGCCAACACUUCAGGGCCCACCGCUCUGUCCUGGCAGCCUGCAGUACACACUUCAGGGCCCUUCUGAAUGCAGUGGAGGGGGAUGGUGCAGGAGCCAGUGUGAUGGAGCUGGAUCUGGAGGUAGUGACUCCUGAGGCUUUCUCCACCCUGCUGGACAUGAUCUACACCUCCACUCUCACUCUGGGGGUCUCCAACGUAAUGGAUGUGCUCCUGGCUGCCUCCCACCUGCACCUCAACACUGUGGUCAAGGCCUGCAAGCACCACCUCACCUCCCGCAGCUUCCCCACAUCGCCCCCGCGUGGUUGGAGUUCGCCAGUGCAGCAGCAGCGGUUCAGCCAUGCAGUGGACCAGCAGCACCUGAGGCAGUCUCCGUCCCAGGCAGCAGCCAUGGCCGGGGUCAACUCCAGGCAGCAAAGAUCUGUCCUACUCCAGCAGCUGGGGCUCAGCCUGGUCACAUCGGCCCUGGAAGGUAGCCUCGACGUUGGCGAGACUGAGUUGGAUGCUAGCCAGGCUGGAGGCAGGGACGGAGGGGUUGGAGCGGAUGGAAGCAUGGAGCAACUGGCAGCUCUCUCUGGUCGGCGUCACCACAAACGCAAGAGCUCUUCUCCCCAAAUGUUUCAGGAGGAGAGGCUGAACAGCAAGCAGAGUGGGUGCAGGCUGUCUGAGGGGAAUCAUGGGGAGGGCUGCCCAAGGGUCUCCAGGAGUAAUGGGGGUGAUGAGCUUCACUCCCCUGACUCCCUGAAGACAGACGAGUGCCUCUGCCUGGAGAGGGGAAGUGCAGAGAAGCAGGAGGAGAAGUAUGAAGGGACUUUACAAGAAGAGGUACAGCUGCCUAGCCAAUCAGAUAGUAAUGUGGGAGGGACACAGGAUGAUGGGGGAGAGGAUUUGCCCCAGGAUCACACAGGGGGUUCUCAGGUGGAUGGAGGGAUUGUGUUUAAAGUGAAAGUGGGAGAAGAUGGAGAAGAGGAGGAUCAUAAGAUGGAUGUAGUUGUGAAGAGUGAGCAGGUGAACUCUUAUCCAGACACAUCAGGUGUGUUCAAUUAUCCUCCAUUCCCAUCCGAGGACACUGGUGAUCAUCAGGAUGAGCCAGUUAAUGAUGAGAAAGACAUACUCAGCCCGAAGGGAAAUGACCCAAGCUCAUCCAACCCCCAAGCUAGCUCCAAUCCUCAGACAGACAUACACCCACUCCAAGACAACACGGAUGGAGGAGAUGGGUUUUCUGAUAAUGAGGGCCUAGACAGAAACCAAGACCUGGGCCUUUCCUGCAUUCUCAACCCCAGGAGUCAGCUUGAGGCAUUAGGAGAGGACAGUCUCAUUAACACCACCAUCAGUGAGGCUCAGGCAGAAAGCAAUGAGGCUGUUAGGUCACUUCAAAACUCAGAGGCAACAAAUGCCUCCUCUUCCUCCCUUAUGUUCCCAGUAACCUCUGUCCCCUUCCAGCAGCUCCUCAGUAGCGAGGGGCACAGUUUCGGUGAUGGAUUCAUCCUUCAGUCCACCCAGACUCAGGAUGUUCUGGGGGGGUUCUUGAGGGGCAUCAGGCCAGAUGUAGGCACCUUGGGCAGCCUCAGUUUGAGCACAUCCCUCUCCCGAUCAUCCAGGGCUGAGAUGACCGGAGUUGGAGGUAGCUUAGGGCUGCCAGUUUACCGUCGCAUCGCUCCAAAAGUGAACCCCAACUCUGAGGGCCAGAUAGAUGGACAACCCCAGGAUCCUUCAUCCUCUGGUCCAGCAGGGGGGGAUACUGCUCCUCGCCCUGCCCUCACCAGAGCAUCAGAGGACGUCCUUUCAAAGUGUAAGAAGGCCAUGAUGGAGCACAACGUCCUGGUAGUGGAGGGGGCAAGGAAAUACGCCUGCCGGAUCUGCUGUAAGACCUUCCUAAACCUGACUGACUGUAAGAAACACAUCAGAGUCCACACAGGAGAAAAGCCCUACGCCUGCCUCAAGUGUGGCAAACGCUUCAGUCAGUCGUCCCAUUUGUACAAACACUCCAAGACCACCUGUCUACGCUGGCAGAGCAGCCACCUGCCUGCCACGCUGCUCUGAGAGACCGGGAAAUCAGGUGGAAACACUGUGAAAAAACAGCCAGUGCUACCAGUCAGAAAGCUCAUUGACAUUUCCAUUUCAAAAUGUUCUGCCAUAUCAGGGUUAUGUUUGCCUGGUCAUUGUUAUAAAUAUUGUUGAAGUAGAGACUUUAAUGUUGACUGUGUUGAUGAUUUUAGAAAGCACGCGCAGAAUGUACUGUAGUUUGUCAGUAGGAUCACUAUUGAACAGUGAUACAAAUUAAACUACAUU